AUGCGUGCUCUUCCACCUACUUAUGUAGAGGGUUUCCAUGAUUUAGAAGCCGUGAAAAAGAUGAAGUACCAGCCACUGGGCCGAACAGGAAUGGAUGUUUCCAAGUUGAGUUUUGGUAAGGUGGUAAGUGAAAGCUUCAACCAGAUGCAAAAUGCUGAGACAUUCUGACGAAAAACCGGCCUUUCUGACUUCAAAUCGCAGCUAUUUACACAUCUGUGAGAUAUAAAACUCACGCCCUCCCUCCCCUUCAUUCAAAGUAGGAGCCCAUCAAUUGAUGAACUCCUGUUCAAAGCUGUUCUUCCAAGUUUUGAACAUCGUCUUGUGCGGCUAGUAACCUCGAUAGGGAGAGGAGAGGGGCUCACAAGUUUUUCAAUGUAGCUUCUCACUUCGGCCCACUAGGGUAUUUUUUGGAAUCUGUAGAUGUAAGAGAAUCCUCCCUUCCCCUCCCCACACAUCACAUCACAUCAGAUCACAUCACACCACAUCAUCUGUUUUUGUGGCAACAUCCCUCCAAUGUCAUGAUGGAGAUAAGCUUACAGUGACAUGGUGGAAAAGAAAAAUGUGUGCAAGUUGAAGCACUGCAUGACAAGCCUGUAGCUGUGUCUUCUCUGAUGGGGAAAUUUCCACUAGACUUUGGUAUUAUUGUGCAUGCAUGUUGUGCAAAUAUCGGGGGGGGGGGGUAGGGGGGAGUACUGCCAUACAUACAAUCAUGUUUUUCAUUUGGGCUGUAUAGGUAUGACUGCUGUGAAGGGUAUGGUUUGAAGCAGCUUACUCUGGGAUAGGGUAUAUAAAUCAGAGCGUUUCGGUCUAGAAUAGGGUAUCAUUUUCGUGGAAACUGAUUAGUUGGUUGAAGAUUUUAGUCUUGCGAAUUGCCGCUCAAGAAUAUAAAAAUAUCAAAUUGGUUUUGUUUUGACUGGAUUGUGCUAGUGACCCCAGUAGUUUCUGAUAAUAGCUACUCUAGGAUAGUUUAGGCUAGUAUAGGGUAGCAAAAUUCACUUGAACUAGUUCUGUUAGGCUCAGGAUUCCAGGGUCCCAGUGGCACAUCCCCUCCCAAAAAUUCCUUAAGUACCCCCCUCACCCCGGGUGGAAAAUGAAUUUGUAAUAUUCAUUGACAUGUGGACAUUGACUUCUGCUUCCUUUUUUGCACUAGCUAUAAUUCGUGAAUUACAGGUGCAUGUAUGUUCAAUGUAUUUAAAUGAAAUUUUCUGAGUGUAACCCACUCAAUGAGAUGCAUAAUAAUUAUUUUAUUUAUCAUGUCAGGAGCGUCAUCACUUGGAAGUGUUUUCCGAGAAACCAAUGAGCUGGAAUCUAUUAAAGUUGUUCACCAUGCAAUAAAAAGUGGUAUCAACUAUAUUGACGUAGCCCCUUGGUAUGGGCAUGGUAAAGCUGAAACUGUCUUGGGAAAGGUAAAUAUUAAAAUAAUAUAUUGUUAUUAUUUUCCACACAUUUUGUAUAAAAUAUGAUGUGACUAUUCCCACAAUUUUUGAAAAAAUGUUGAAAAAAAUAAAGAGGACGCAUUCCAAACAAGUUGCUCAUUAAGUAAUGUUAUAAAUCAUUCUAAUCAUUCCAGCUAAUAGUGACAUGGUGUAAACUGGUCACAGUUUUUUCCACUUUGGGGUUACUCAGAAAAUAAACAUCAUUCUGUUUCUUUGAAUCAUCAGUUCUUUAACCAUAGAAUCCCACUUAUUAGAGUAUUAUGCAUUUUUUGUUCCAUAUUGCAGGCCCUUAAAGAUGUACCUCGUCAAGCAUAUUACAUUGCCACAAAGGUAACAUUUUCAUUGAACAAAAUAUUCUUGCAUCAGAUCUAGAGCUAACCAUCUAUAUCUACAAGUUGAAGAGUUGUAAUCCAGGGUGUAUGCAGGGAUGUCACUAAGAGUUGGCUGCCGGCUAAUUUGUCUGGCUGAAAAAGAGCUUAUUACCUCUUUAUAUUGGUCUGGAAAACAAAGACAUGGUGCAAUUUUGAAGGUGCAGUUGAGUUAAAAAACUGUCUUGACUAAGAAAAGAAAACUUGCUUAAUAGCUUUUCAUUAGUUACACUGUACAUCUCAGUGUAUGGUUUAUAAAAUUUGAAUUUUGAGUUUGAUCAUAACUUCUCAAACUCAUCAAUAAUUCAUUGCAUCCUUAAUUUCUCUUGGUAAAAUAACUUUGUUUGAGAAGUAAUAUCUGGUAUUCAACCCAGUAUUUCAUCACCAGAUGAAGCACCUCAAAGUUUGUCAAAAAUACUCAGACCUGCUGUACAUCUUAUUUUCAACUCACUUCUCAGUGUUUCAUCAGGUGUUGAAACACUACGUCUCAUGCUUGAUUAUUUCAUCUUUAAUAUUGCUAGAUCCAAGCGCCCUUGAAAUUACUGGUACUCAUAACUGAAAUAUAAAGAAGCCUGCAUGAUUGUGUCCAUUUUGAUCUUGGAGUUUACAUGAAACAAAUGCAUGUUUUUUUUAAAAUUAAUUUUCAUUGACAUUUCUAACCUGCUCAGCUUUCUCUUUGUUUUAACCUGUUUGUAACUCAAAUUUUCUAAGUGCAACAGAGGGAAAAUAUCACUGAAGCAAUGCUACUGUACCUUGCAGUUUUUUAAGAAAUCCAUUUUUGAACUUAAAACAACGAAAUCUGACCAUAAAAAUUGCCAAAGUGCAAAAUCACAGGAUGAUGAAAAAAUGGGAAAUAAGUUAUCAUCAUCCAUACAUUUAAGGAUGACUACAUUUCAUCUUGUAGGUUUGCCGAUAUGAACCUGAAGUUCAAAAGAUGUUUGAUUUUUCAGCUGAAAGAACUUUGCAAAGUGUGGAUGAAAGCUUAAGUCAUCUUGGACUUGAUUACAUUGAUGUCAUUCAGGUAAUUUAAAAAAGCCUUUUAUGAAGGAUGACGUAGCCAGCCAGCGUAAUAGUGUCGGUUGAUUGUGUUUUUCGUGGGUGUUACAAAUUGCCUUGUUUUUUUUAUCUUUCCCAUAUCCUGUGCGCAUCCCGAAAAAUUGUGCAAUUUUUUUUGGCUGCAACUUUGAAUCACAUGCAAACUAAAAGAACAAGGAAGAGUAAUAAUUAAGAACUCACAAGAGGAACCACACACAAAACAAUGACCACGGAAGAAAGGAUCAGAACUUUGAAAACCAGGGGAAUUACAACAUGCUUUGAAAGUGAUUUUAAAGUGGAGAACCACAACAACUAUAAAACCUACAUACAAACUACUUGUGGGAGGACUAGGGUACCCAGAGAAAACAAAAGAUCCAACUAAAGAGAAAUAGAAGAAUCUGAAAAAAACAAACAAACAAACAAACAAACUGUGGAGAUAGUGAUGUCAGCUGCCGUUACACUGGACAUGAGCUGUGAGGAACUUGCCCUAUGAUAUCCUAAGCAAGGACAGUUGUCAGUAAAUAACACGGUAGUAUUAAUAUACAAUAACCUCAUUUAAUCUUUGUCAUUUAGGUUCAUGACAUGGAGUUUGCACCUUCCUUGGAUAUUGUCAUCAAUGAAACUUUACCUGCCCUGCAGAAGGUAAAUGUAACCUUGGUUCUUGAAGUGGCAAUAAUUUUAUGUAAAUGCAUUGUUAUUACCCACCUCCAUGCAAAAGGAAUCUUAUCAUGUUGAUGAAGAGACUUUGUUUAAAAAUUAUUAAUUUUUGUAUAUGUUUUUGAUUGUUGCCAUUAUUCGGGCAAACUUCUUUCUCGAUCAAGCAGUUUUAAUAAUGAAAAAUUAAUCUUUUUUAUCGCUGGUCAUUGUAGGAUAGUGGUUAAGGCUUAUAGCAUGUGCACUGUGGCAAACUAAAUCACCGUCACAUGAAAAAGAACCUAAGAUAAAUUAUGGUUACCAGAAAUACAUAGUUUAGGUCAGUUUUAACUCACAUUUUGGUGCUGAUUGGAGUUUGAUAUUGAUUUCUCUAGUUAAAGGAUAGUGGCAAAGUAAAAUUUAUUGGAAUCACAGGUUACCCUUUAGAAAACUUUCGGUAAGUACCUAUCAUUAUUAUUAAACAUAAUCAUUCACCUUUUUUGGGGGAAAACUUUGUGGUUUUUGCUAAGAUGUAUGCAGCAUUGUACUCCUUGCAUGGAAAGUUGGCUGGGUUUGAAGCUUUCCGAUACCUUCUUGUAGUUCAUAAUUUGAAUUUGUAGCAUACAUUGCCGUAAUGCUGUCAAGUGCUGGACAGGUGCAGUUUUGAUACUGAACUGAUGUCUUGUUUCUUACCCUGGCCAGUUUCUGUCUUUAUUCCAAAAACAUUAGGUCCUGAGGAGAUGUUGAUUUUAUCUAUAAUUAAUGUAUUUUUUCAACCUCGUUCAGGGAAGGGUAGGAGAGGAUCCUGAGGCUGUAUUUGUUUUCUUAAUGCUUGUUUAUAAUGUAGUUGUUGAAUAAUUGCCUGACAUGAAAACUUUGCUUUUUUGGCAGUCUUUCUAAUACACCCAAAAGUUUACUAAUCAGUCCCAAAGUCACAUUAUGUCAAACUUUGCCUGCUUAAUAGUUGAGUUUUGAAUUCAUCAAAGCCAAGCGCCAAAGACUCAUUUUGUACAUUGUUAGCCUCGACCUGAAUUAAAAUAUUCACAAAUACCAGCGAGAAGGUGCCAGAAUUUGAGUUUAUAGGAAUAGACACAAUUGUACACAGGUCUUCUUCUGUGUGGAAUUUGUGAAUAUAUCUCCCUUAGGUUGAGGCUAAACUGUAUAAAUGAGUCUUCAGUCUUUCUAUUUAGCGGCCGCGACGUCAAACGAAUUUGAAACUGGGCUAUUUACACUUGCUGCAAAAAUUCUGCCUGCUUGAUGGUACCUUAGUUAUCCAGGGAAGACUGUGAAAUAAACCAUGUGCUCUGGGUGUUUGGGGACCCUGUGGCUGAUAGCUACAUGUACAGCAGUGUUGUUUGAAAGUCUUGUGGUCUAUUUUACUUCAUAUACUAUUGAUACAUCUUUCUUUUAAAGCCCCAAGAACGUUUAACUGGGGCAAGAGCUUAAUAAAGAGUGACUGAAGGUCUUAGGGAAUCAGUAUUUUAAAAGUAUUAGUUUCAAGGAAAGACAAACAAAGGUUAAAGAAACAGCUAAAGUAAUGUUUAGGUUAUUUUUUAUUUUAUGUUGGAUUGGAUUAUAAUUAUUCAGGCAGUGAUUUUCUGACAUGGAGAUUGCCUAAAACAUUUUCCUGAUCAUUAUUUUGCGACUUUUGUUUUUUUGUUAUGGGAAAAGGUGGGAGAAAAGGAGGGGCUAAAUAACUUUUAAUAAUACUUGUAGGUGAUUAAUUAUAGGUAAUCAAGGCAUCAAUGAUGCGGAUGUGUUUUUUUUUUAAAUUUUACAGAACAGUUCUGGAGAAAAGUACAAUUCAUAUUGACACCGUGUUAACGUAUUGUCGCUGCACAAUGCAUGACACAGGAUUGCUGGAUUACAUGCAGUUUUUUAAAGUAAGAAUAAAUAAAUAAUUAAAUAACCAUGUGUUUUAAAGCCUGGUUCCCAUAUGCUGCCGAGCUACCGGCGACAUAGCUGCUGGUACUGCCUGGAAUACUGUUCUGAUAUAAGAACAGAAGUGGCUGGCAACCAAGGCCAAGUGAGUCUCUACCGCCGGCAUACCUGUGAGGUUGACUUGAGUUUGACUUUGUAGGCAUGCUAGUGGUAAAGACCUGUGACGUCUCUUGUUGCCGACAGUGUUAUGUCCUGGUAUGUUCGUAGGCAGUACCAUCAACUACAUCACAGGUACUUUGGUGGCAUAUGAGAAGUUACCAGGCUUAAGAGUCACUUAACUAGGGGAAGUCUUGAAACUAAUUAUUAUUGAAUCAGUAGUGUUAUUGACAAAUGCACUUUGUGUAUGCUGUACAGUAGAAAAUUGUGUUUAUCCCCUGUACAUGUAAGUUGCUUUUUGUUUGAGCAGUAUUAAAAGCAAUUGCAAAUAGUGAAGUUUUGAUGUAAGUUCUGUUUAACUUUACCAGAAAUUCCUUCCAUAAUUCUUUUGCUGUUGUGCAAGUAACAUUAAGAUGGAAGGAAAAGCAUUUUGUCUUCAGCAAUUUUAUUUUCUAGCCUGAGAACAGAGAAAUCAGGUGAUCAACAUUUCGUGGCAGGGGUAUUUUGCAGAACGCAGAAUGCUAAAAUGCAGAAUGCCAAAUGACUCUAAAGUUUAGUGAUUAGGCCUUGAGUGAAUCAGGUUCCAUUUAGGGUCAUUAUACUGGGAAAACUGACCUGAAGCUUGAUUCACUCAGUUUCCUACCCCUGAUCACCAAACGUCAGAGUCAUUCGGCUUUCAGCAUUCUGCAAAAUACCCCUGCGAAACAUUUCAUGACCACUGGUUUCCCCAUGAAAUGAUAUCUGAGGAACGAUUGCAGAAAUUCCAUAUUAAUGAUUUGUCAUGACCCAGAUCCGGGUAGCGCGUCUUAUUUGUCAUGCUGCAAGGAAAAUUUGUUUCAGGAAAUCAAAAACACUACCCAGAUCUGGGCAGUGACACAUCAUUAGUGCACUCAUUCCUCAGACAUCAGUUUCCAGGGAAACCUGUAGUGUUUUCGCAAAAUGUUGGCUGUUUAGUCAGGCUAUUUGUUUUUAAGAUGCAAUUGAUCCUUAUUCUGUCUAAUAAUUCACUCAUGGGGAAAGACAUUAAUUACCUAGCCUGCGAGCAAGCUCUGGCGGUGGGGCGGGAAAAAGAAGGAGAGCUUGUAACCACGCCUCUAGAAUUUGAAUAUCUGCAUUGAAAAAGUUGAUGCGAAAUGCCGAUUGGCGGAGAUGACAUAAAUAAUGAUGUCAUUACCAUUGGCACGCAUUCACACUUGUUUCUACUUUGCGCUGAUGGCAGAAAUCUGGCAGCUCAGUCGACGGGGAGGCCCAGGGAAAUAUUGGAGGUGGAAUUCAAAUUCCAGAGACAAAGUUGCAGGCUCUACUUCCUUCUCCCGCCCUGCCGCCAGAGUGCCCCAGAGAGCUUGCUCACAGGCUAAACAUUUAUUAUACCAAAAUAAUUUCAUUUUACUUAUGCAGUACUGUUAUUUUGUAACAACAGAUGUUUUAGUAGGUUUUUUUUCAAGUUGCAAAUGCAUCUUUGGGUUGGUUAAUACGUUGACAUAAUUAUUGAAAAAAUAUGUUGGCAGUUUACAAUGUUGAGUGCUAUUCUUUUGUGGCUUAGGAGCAUGGAGUAGGUGUUGUGAAUGCCUCCCCAAUAUCCAUGGGAUUGCUUUCUAGUCGUGGUCCACCUGCUUGGCAUCCAGCCAGUGAAACUAUUCGCAGUAAAUGCAAGGAAGCUGCAGAGUUUUGCCAGGUUUGUGAUAAAACUAAGAUAAUAACAAAGAUUUUUGAGAUCCAGUUAUCAAUCUAAAAUCAGGGUUAAAAUAAAAACUUAAAUUCCAGCUUGUUCUUUGGGCAAGUAGCUCUGACAUUUCUCUUGACUGGUGCCACUUUGUCCUCAUCUUCUAAAGUUAGCUAUUUUAUGACAGGAUGUUUUUUCUGCAUCCUCACCCAUUGGGUAAUAAUGCUUUAAAAGUUACUUGCCCAGCAAGAAAAUCUACUUAGUUCAUACUGGACAACCAGACGAACUUUUUUUUUUAUAGCUCUGCUAUAAUAAUUAUGUUUCUAUCACACCUAAUAUAUAACAAGACUCUUCAUCUAAUGACUUUAAUUUAUAAGUGACCCUCAAAUAAAUGUCAAAUUGUCCUUUUGUUUCACAAGCAAAUAUAAAACAACCUGGAGGGAGAAUCUUGAAGUGUAUUGGAUGUUUUUGCCAGGAAAAGGCUUCCAGAGAACUUCUUAAAGUUCACCUAUUUUUUUGUUGUCUUUAAUCCGUAAAUAUGUGUAAAACAUGCAGUGCUAUCUUAAAUUUAAACUUGUCAAAAAUCCUGCAAAAUCUUUUUUCAUCUUCAAAACAGAAAUUUCCUUCCCAAAAUGUCUGCCUCAUCACGCGACCAAAUUAACAAGAGUGAUGUAGAAUGAUUUGUAAGAAUGUAGAAUAAUUAACAAGAUGGCAGCAAAUACAAAGGAUUGUUGUUGUUGACAACUCCUGGCCAGUCCUCUGUUUAAUAUAAUAAUGAAUUUAAUGUCUUUCAGGCUGAAGGUGUUGAUAUCUCCAAACUUGCCCUUUAUUUUACCUUGGACGUAAACAAUAUUCCCACCACCCUUGUUAGUACUGCAAGCAUUGGAAACCUUCAAAAGAACAUUGAUGCAGUUAGCCAGAAGUUAACAAAUUCAGAGAGAACCCUUUUGGAGUACAUUAUGGACUUGUAUGUGACUUUUGACAAUCUUUAUAAUAUUUAGGGAUCAGUAUUUACAGUGCGACUAGGUACUGUAACCGGGGCCACAAGUUGACCAAUCGAAUUACAGGAAAAUAACAAACAUUAUACAUUCGGAGAAAGUUAGUUGUCAAUCAUAAUUCCCAUGAAACGAAAUAAACAACAUGGAUCGAAAUCAACCAAUCACAACCUACAGAUGUGACCUUCUGAACCCACCGAGAAAGCCCAUGUUUCCCGAGAGGUCUGUCAGAGUGAGUGACAGAAGUGAAAAUUUAAAUGUUAGGGUAAUAAGAUUUUGGGAAACACUUUUGUGGCACAAUUUACGCCUCCCGUAUAAACCCAACAUUUUUCCCUAUGAAGUAACUGUAAACAUUGGGUUUAAGGGGAUAUGGGCAGGAAGUCUAGCAAAGACUUAAAAAAUAGAAUAUUUACCAGGAGUACAUCUAUCCUCUAGCCAUUCACAGUUCACCAAUUGAAAGAUUUGCGAAUUUUUUUUACAAAGCGAAAAAAGUGCCAUUCCGUCGGAGUGACUUUUCUAGCAUUUUCCCACAACCUUUUGUUUAAUUAUAAACAUUUUCCUCUGCAGUUUUUUCAGAACAAGUGGCAAUCUUUCAUGGGAAGGUGUUGAAGUUAGAAAAUACUGGCAAAAGAUGAAACAACUCCAACCUGAUAUGGUUCCAGAACAGCACCGAUGA